GUGGGCGGGGCUAAUCCGUCUUCAGGUCUGAAGGGGCCGGGUGGCGUGGAUGGACUAAACACCGCUCUCACGACGGAGCGACCGUAUUCUGCCCGGUUCGGUUCGUCCUGGGGCUGAGACUCGGUUCGCGGCCGGAGAACAUGUCUAGCAUCAACUGGAAGCCGUUCGUUUUCGGCGGGUUAGCGUCUGUGACGGCGGAAUGUGGGACAUUUCCGAUCGACUUGGCCAAGACGCGUCUCCAAGUCCAGGGCCAGGUGGGGGACAGCAAGUACCGUGAGAUCCGCUACAGAGGCAUGCUCCACGCUAUGCUGCGGGUAGGAAGAGAGGAGGGGCUCCGGGCGCUUUACUCAGGAAUUGCUCCAGCGAUGCUGCGCCAGGCCUCCUAUGGGACCAUAAAGAUUGGUACAUACCAGAGUUUUAAACGCCUGCUUGUUGACAGGCCAGAAGAUGAGACUUUGCUGACUAACGUGUCAUGUGGUGUUCUUUCUGGAGUAAUCUCCUCCUCCAUUGCCAACCCAACAGAUGUGCUGAAGAUCCGGAUGCAGGCUCAGGGAAAUGUGAUCCAGGGAAGCAUGAUGGGCAACUUCAUUCACAUUUACCAGGAGGAGGGAACAAGGGGACUGUGGAAGGGUGUAUCUCUCACAGCUCAGAGGGCAGCCAUCGUGGUCGGGGUCGAGCUUCCCAUCUAUGACAUCACCAAGAAGCAUUUGAUCCGGUCGGGUUACAUGGGGGACACCGUGUACACACACUUCCUGUCUAGCUUUGUGUGUGGCCUUGCAGGAGCUUUGGCCUCGAACCCAGUGGACGUGGUACGGACUCGCAUGAUGAACCAGAAAGGAGGAGCUCUGUACCAGGGAACUCUGGACUGUCUGCUGCAGACUUGGCGCUUGGAGGGCUUCAUGGCCCUCUACAAGGGCUUCUUUCCAAACUGGCUCCGCCUGGGACCAUGGAACAUUAUUUUUUUCCUCACAUACGAGCAACUGAAGAACCUCAACGUGUGACAGAACGGCAUUACGCACGAGAGACAAGCACACGCCCUGAGACGAGCUGAGAGAACCAAACCUGGGAAUGGAAGGAAGCUCGAUCCUUGAUGCAACCACCAGGAAAAGAGGAUGCAGAACCUGAAUUCGGGGAUGGCCGCUGUUCUGGUGCGGGCUGUUUGAGCUCAUCUGGACGAGACUGUGACACAGAAAAAAAAUCACAGAAUAAUUCUUCUUCAGGGUUAUCUACUCGACUGAAGGUUGAAGUUUGUGCCUUGAUUCCUAGCACCUCUUGUCAGCUGCAUUUGGACUCCAGAUGUUCAGCUCCAGCUGACCGUUUGGAUCAUUUAGCCGAAAGGCUUUUCUAAAAUCCACAUUUCGUAUUUAUAGUGUGUGUGUGUGUCCAUCUGUUUGUGUGUGUGCGUGCGUGUGUGUGUGUGUGAACCUGGGUCGUGUUAGAGGAACGCUGUACGGUACACCUCCUGUCCUGUUUGCACUGCGUCUCUCUGAGCUUUCACCAGAAGCCUAAACUGAGCUGCUUCUUCUGCCAGCGAUACUUCAGAUGUUUAAGAAACAGUUCUUAAUACUCCAAAUAAAAAAAAAGUACAUCU